CCCUUUAUUCGUCCUAUUGCUUCUCCAAGUUCCAACUUAACACAUACAUAUAUCAUACAUAUACUUAGUUAAAAAAAGUUCUAGCUAUCGUAUUACUAUAUAUAAUUAAUAGGUCCUCUCUUUUGAUUUUUGUUUAAGAUUUCUGAAAGUGCAAAUAUUGAAGUUAAGUGUUUGAGAAGGAUAUAUAUGGCUUGUUUGAUGUCUCGAACGGGAAGGGAGAUGCAGAGAUACAACAGUAGUGGUGGCCGCCAAGUUGUGGGUGACAGUGGCACUCGAGCUUUCUCAAUGGCUGCACUUUCGGAUAAACUUGCUUUCUGUUUGGUGUCUGCCUGUCUGGUGACAGUUGCACCCAAGCUUUUCCAAUGGUGCAUACCUUACAGAUAUAAAGAAGAUAAUGAUGGCAAUGUGAGCAAUGAAUUGGAGGUGCUUGUGGUUAGUUCACAAAAGGGUCAAGCAUUAAUGUUCCCAAAGGGAGGGUGGGAACUCGAUGAAUCUGUAGAAGAAGCAGCUUCCAGGGAGUCCCUCGAAGAAGCAGGAGUUACAGGAAUAGUUCAGCAUGAAUUGGGCCAAUGGAGCUUCAUUAGUAAAAGACUUGGAACAUACUAUGAAGGGCACAUGUUUCCUUUGCUUGUCAAAGAACAACUUGACUUGUGGCCUGAGAAAGAUCUAAGGAGAAGAAUAUGGAUGAGUAUUAAUGAAGCCCGGGAAGUUUGUCAGCAUUGGUGGAUGAAGGAAGCAUUAGACAUUCUCGUUGAACGGCUCACUUUACAGAAAAAUAGGAACAUAUAGAGCUAAUUAUUGUUUGCAACUUUUUUUAGAUAGAAAAUUGCCCAUGUUUCUCAUAUAGUUCAAAUACGCACAUGUUGAAGUAGUUAAUUUUUUUUUCCUUAGGUCAUUUUCACACCUGGUAAUUGAGAGAUUAAUAUCUCUAAAAUAUAUAAAGUGUUAAAGCGGGAUUUUUUUUUCUAGUGAAUUUUACACACACAUAUAUGUAUCAUGAGAUCAAACCCAAGACUAAGGAAUCCAAAGUGGUUUCACUUAGACAACCAUGUUCUUUGUAUGUGUGUUUUGGAAACUGAAAAUAAACUUCUUAUUUAUAAA